AUGUCUUCGAUUUUGACAAGCCCCUCCACCGUCAAAGAAGAAACGAAGACAUUAUCAUCGUUGCGUGCAGCUGUCAUACAGUUCAACGCCGGCCGACCAACUUCUGCCCACGCCAGCACGGGCGAGGACCGCGUCCCGCGCGCGGGAAGGGCACUGAUGGCCGAUGGUAAGAGAGAGCACACAGCCAGCCGAGGAGAACAGACUCGGUAUGCCACCCACCGUCCCGUCGUCAUGAUAUCCGUACUGUAA